AUGGUCAAGCCCACAAUCCUCGCGCUACUGGCGCUAAGCACCCCCGUUUGGUCAACGCCACAGACCUCGGUGACCAACCUAGCCAAGUGCACCGACUGGUGUUACAAGAACUACCAGAACCCAUCGUCCACCUGCGUGUUCCCCGCGUUAACCGGACAGGGCCCGUGUUAUGUCUGUGGCCCUCUCAAAACCUCGCAAUCGCAGCAAGUCAAGACUCUGGGUGUUCCCCCCAAAUUCAAGCAUCAUCGGGAUAACCUUGACCCUCGCAGUGUGCAUCUGGGAAAUGCACCCUGGGCAAAUGUUGCAACCCCGUCGAUACUUACGGCUGCACGAUCGAUAACUUCAAAAGCUUUUGUUGUAAUCAAGGGUGCUGGUUCAAUGUUCCGGUAG